AUGAUGGGCAAACCUUCGAACGGCCCCAACACAGCUCUUUUGUUAUUUCUCUUACAAUGUCUGUUUCUAAGAGCUGAUUCCGGCGACUACCAAGAAUCCUCAACGGAAAUGACGUCACGUCGUUUUCGGGCAGAAUUCCUUCAAGAGUGGCAAGGCUCUGAUGCACCCUACUUUGACCCAAGUACACCUAGAAACAUCACUGGAUUAGUAGGGCAUCCGGUGCGAUUGCUUUGCCGGGUGAAGAAUUUGCAGAACAGAACUGUAUCGUGGGUUCGUCACCGUGACAUCCACCUGCUAACAGUGGGACGGUAUACGUACACGUCCGACCAGCGGUUCGAGGCGCAACACAAGCCUCGCUCCGAGGAGUGGGCGCUGCGCAUACGCAGCCCGCAGAGACGCGACUCCGGACAGUACGAGUGCCAGAUAUCCACCACGCCACCUAUUGGACACGCUGUAUUUCUCAAUAUUGUUGAGCCGGAGACGACUAUAUCGAGUGGCGCCGAGUUGUUCAUACAGAAGGGGUCGACGAUUAAUCUUACUUGUACCGUGAGACAUACCCCGGAACCACCUACCUCUAUCACCUGGACGCAUGGAGAACAGGUAAUAAACUUCGAUUCGGCCCGUGGGGGUAUUUCGCUAGUGACAGAGAAAGGCCUGAAGAGUACUAGCCGUCUCUUAGUUCAGCGAGCCAGGGCAUCUGACGCUGGCGUGUAUACUUGUGGACCAAAUAACGCUCCACCAGCGAACACCAGAGUUCACGUCUUAUCAGGUGAACAUCCAGCAGCAAUGCAGCAGGGUUGCGCCACAUCUUCGCUAGAAUUGUCUGCUGCUGUCCUAAGUUUCUUGAUUAUAUUCUCUAUCAAAAUACCGUAUUGUUUAAAUGAACAGUUUGUUACGUGA